AUGCCGCUAACUGCAGAAAGUGCAGCUCAACAGAUUCAGGAUCGCCUGAAAGAUAUUCAACAACAGAUUCACAUUGUGGAUGAGGAGCGACGCCGGGCAGAGAACUCAAUUUCCACUCUAGUACGUUCGCUUCAGACAAACAAUGCAAAGGUGAAACCCCUGCUAAAAGCCAGCAUGUUGGAGACCUCGCAAGAGGAGGCCACCAUCCGAGCCGCUCUCGCGAAAAUCCACGAAAUUCGCAGCAUUCGCAAUGAGCGUCGCAUUCAGGCUCGCAAUGCUGGCAACAAGGAAGCCAUUCGCCGUGGAGCCCUCAUGAAAAUGGUCCAACUAUCUGCCCAAACGUUGCCUCUGUUUGUGAGCAAGCCAGGCGAGCGUGCUCCAGCCUUGUGCGGAGCUAUUCCAGCCGAGGGCAACUAUGUGGCCAAGGUGGGCGACAACGUAGCCGCUCUGGCAAAGGGCAUCGAUGAAGAGGAGAACUGGAUACUGGCGGAGGUAGUACAGUUUUUGCAUCGCCAAAAUAAGUACGAUGUGAUUGAUAUUGAUGAAGAGCAAAAGGACCGGCAUGUUCUCAGCAAAAGGAAAGUUAUUCCGCUGCCCCUGAUGCGUGCCAAUCCGGAGACCGAUGGCCACGCUCUAUUCCCCAAGGACACAGUAGUGAUGGCUUUGUAUCCACAAACGACCUGUUUCUACAAAGCUAUUGUCCACCGCCUGCCUGCGACUGCCACAGAAGAGUAUGAUGUGCUCUUUGAGGACUCUUCCUAUAUGAACGGCUAUGCAGAGCCUCUGCCCGUGGCCCAGCGCUAUGUCAUUGCGUAUCGUCCCACGAAAAAAGGGGCUAGCAGUGGCAGUGGAAAUCUAUCAUCGGCUUAGAUGUCAAUAUUCCGUAGCUUAUAUAUAAAUAAAAACAAACUUAAAUUGAAA